AAUUUCACGACACUCAUUCAAAAUACACGAAGAGAUCGAGCUAGAGCUUUAGCAAAGAAAACAAUGGAAAUCAAACUAGAAGAUCAAGAACAAGAAAUGAGAAACCAAGGUCAUGUUUGGAACAUAAUCUGUGGUAGUGUUGAUUCAUCAGUACUUAAAUGUACUAUUGAGUUAGGCAUUCUUGAUACAAUUCACAAUUCAUCCAAACCCAUGACAUUAUCUUCCUUAUCAUCAGCAUCACCAUCUUUAUCUACACUCAAAGCUGAAAACUUGUACAGAAUGUUAAGGUACUUAUCUCAUAUGAAUCUUAUUGCAGUGAAUGCAGCUGAAGGAGAUGAGACAUUUUCUUUAACAGGUAUAGCUAAAUUACUGCUUAAGAAUCAAGAAAGAAGUUUGAAAGAUUGGGUUCUCGGUAUUGAUGAUGAGCAUUCGAUUAACGGGUGGCAUGAGCUAACUGAUUAUUGUUUAUCCGCGGAUGAUGCGCCAACUCCUUUUGUGAAGUUGCACGGGAAGACCAUGUGGGAAUUAGCUGAAGAAGUUCCUGAAGUUAAUGCACUUAUUAACAAUGCCAUGGCUUGCGAUACUAGGAUGGUGAUGCCUGCAUUUGUACAAGGUUGUGAUAUUAUCUUGAAGGGCAUUAAAAAGUUGGUAGAUAUUGGUGGUGGUACCGGUGCUGCAAUGAGUUAUGUUGUUAAGGCUUUCCCUGAGAUUAAAUGUAUGGCUUUUGAUUUGCCCCAUGUUGUUGCUGCUGCACCGGAGGUUCCAGGUGUGGAAAUGGUUGGUGGCGACAUGUUUGAAUCCAUCCCCCCUGCUGAUGCUCUUUUAUUGAAGUUUAUGCUGCAUAACUGGAAAGACGCCGAGUGCAUGAAACUACUGAAGAGGUGUAAGGAGACAAUUCCUGCAAAUAAUGGGAAAGUUAUCAUAAUAGAAAUGGUUUUGGAUCAAGACGAAGGUGAUGAUGAUUUGACACAAGCUAGAUUAAUUCUUGAUCUAGAUAUGAUGUUGAGUUCAGGAGGGAAAGAAAGGACUAAAGAUGAAUGGAGAAUUUUACUUGAAGAAGCAGGUUUCAAUAAGAUUGAAUUCAUUCCUAUUUUUGCUAUUCAAUCGGUUAUUGUCGCAUAUGCCUAGGAAAAACAUUGGCAACUUCAUUUCAUAAAAAUAAAAAGUUCCUGGGGUUAGUGGAUCGAGUCUCCGCCCUCCGGUCUAGAAUUUGGGGUCUCGUAAAUACCCCUCUUCUAUAAUCAAAGAUUUUGUGUUUUCGUAGGUCAAUGGCAUGGAAUAAUCCCUUUCUUUUGGUCAUGUUUCUCUUUUGUAAACCUUGCGCAGGAAAUAAAUUCCAAUGUUUGGUUAAAAACGUUGACAUACAAUUUUGGAAGAGCUUUUCUUUUU